AUAAUCUGUUAACUUCAUGAAGAUUCUUUCACACAUAAUAUAUUGAUGAAGCUGUGAACAUCAUUAAAACCUCUUUAGUUUAGUUACAUUCAUCUUUUCUGUCACUUGUAUCUGUUGUAUCCACACUGACACUGAAGUUCAAUGAACUUUAUUUUAUUGAAGAUCAACAACUGUAAAUAUUAUAAUAUAAAACCCUCAUAAUGUUCCUGUUGUCCUAGAAUAAUCUAAUAAUAAUUCAUGUUAAAGUGAGAAGUAGAGGAAACUACUUUAAAAAGAGGAGAGAAAUCAGUCUAAUUAUCCAGUCUGGGACGAUAAACAAUGAUUAUUAGUUAGUAAAACUUAUGGAGGAGAAAUUCUUCCAAAUAUUGAGAGUUGUUAGUUCUCUGAAGAAUUAUGAAGCCAGUGUGAUGAAUCAAGUCCCUUUAUUACAUGCAGCAUGGAGAGAAGACCUCAGCAUGGAUGUUCUCUCUCUCCACUUCCAGAAUGAUCUCCCUUAUAUACCAUCCAGUACAUCCAAGAACCCCUGGUGCCAUAUUAACAGAACCACUGUAAAUCUCAUGUGAAGGUUUUAGUUCUUCAACACAAAUGGUUCUGUGAUCUGACCCUGUGACUGUAAACAAUCAAUCAAUCAAUCAAUCAAUCAAUCAAUCAAUCAAUCAAUCAACUCAAUUUAUUGUCCUCCAAGGGAGAAAUUCAUGUCCAGAUCACUGCACCUGCAGGCAACACCAUACACUCAACAAAGAAACACGCUAUCCACAAUUAACAAAUCUACAGAAAAAACAAAACAAAAACAAACAAACAAUCAAAUAAAUAAUACAUGACAGGUUACACACUCAGUGCGCCCCUUUGUUUAAAGCAGCAAUAGCUGCAGGGAUCAGGCUUUUCCCAUAGCAAGCUUUCUUGCACCUCGAUGUUCGGUACCUCUGUCCAGAAGGCAGUGGGGUGAGAUAUUGGUUGAGUGGGUGUGUAAUUUCCAGUUCUAUUGUGGUUGCAAUGUGUGAGAUGGCCCUGUUGUUUAGUUCUGUGAAAUUGGGUGUGGGAAACAGGAGGAGCAGUAUAUGAGGAUGGGCUGGAUGAUACUUUGAUACAGUAGUUGGAGAAGAUGGGGGGAAACAUAAAGUCGUUUGAGUUUAGGGAUGACAGAAAGUCUUUGCUGGCUCCUUUUGAAGAUGUCAGUGGUGUGUAAACAGAUUCUUACCAGACAUCCUCCUACCCUAAAAAACUCACCCUCUAAACAAACUGAAUACAUUUACAUUAUAGUAGGUGGUGAACAGGCUGGUAGGACUGGAAGUAAACAUUUUAAAGAAAGACACUCCUCUCCUAAAAAGAAGAGUUUACUGACAUUAAAAUGUUGAUUCAUUUAUCAACAUUUAGUACAGACACACAUUACAUGUAGAAGCUCUUUUGUCUUUUUCCACUCACUGUUCUCAUAUUUGAAAUCCUGUUUCUUUAGUUUUUAAUGUUUAUUUUCAUACUGAUGAAGGAGUUUCAUAACACUGUUUAUUACUUUCUGCAGGGAGGAGAUGAAGAAAAAACAGUUGGAGAGAAAAACUAUAGAUGGGUACAUUGAUUUCAGGAGGGAGUCUGCUACAUACAAUGUGCCCAUCAGGAGGGAGCCUCCUACAUACAUUGUGCCCAUCAGGAGGGAGUCUACUUCAUACAAUGUGCCCAUCAGGAGGGAGUCUGCUACAUACAAUGUGCCCAUCAGGAGGAAUCCUCCUACAUACAAUGUGUCCAUCAGGAGGGAGCCUGCUACAUACAAUGUGCCCAUCAGGGAGGAGCCUGCUACAUACAAUGUGUCCAUCAGGGAGGAGCCUGCUACAUACAAUGUGUCCAUCAGGAGGGAGCCUGCUACAUCCAAUGUGUCCAUCAGGGAGGAGCCUCCUACAUCCAAUGUGUCCAUCAGGGAGGAGCCUCCUACAUCCAAUGUGUCCAUCAGGGAGGAGCCUCCUACAUCCAAUGUGUCCAUCAGGGAGGAGCCUGCUACAUCCUAUGUGUCCAUCAGGGAGGAGCCUCCUACAUCCAGUGUGUCCAUCAGGGAGGAGCCUCCUACAUCCAAUGUGUCCAUCAGGGAGGAGCCUCCUACAUCCAAUGUGUCCAUCAGGGAGGAGCCUCCUACAUCCAGUGUGUCCAUCAGGGAGGAGCCUCCUACAUCCAAUGUGUCCAUCAGGGAGGAGCCUCCUACAUCCAAUGUGUCCAUCAGAGAGGAGCCUGCUACAUCCAAUGUGUCCAUCAGGGAGGAGCCUCCUACAUCCAAUGUGUCCAUCAGAGAGGAGCCUGCUACAUCCAAUGUGUCCAUCAGGGAGGAGCCUGCUACAUCCAGUGUGUCCAUCAGGGAGGAGCCUCCUACAUCCAUCAGGAGGGAUCAGUCAAAUGAAGACAUCAAUGUCAAAGAGAAAACACUCUCCUAUCAGGAUCAUAACUUUGAUUAUUACUCACUGCAGGCUAAAAGAUAUAUUGCGACGCGUCAUCAUUCUCAGCCACUGAGACGUGUUACCAGACCUGUGAUUAUCCGAACGGCAGCGAUGAGUCACCGUACUCCCCUGGAGUUUAAAGUCAACACACUGUAAUCCUGCUUCGCUUAUUCAUGAUAAAUGAUCAGUUAUUUUUGUUAUGAGCUUGUUGUAAUAAGAUGUAACAAACAAAGAAACACACUACUUGUGUAUUUAAUCUAUUGCAGCUGCAGUUCAAUAACUAGUUUGUCUGAUCUCACAUUGUUUUCUGAAAGUUUUAUUUUCUCUGUAAAUUCCGUUAUUAUUUUUUAUUCCUGUACUGAAUGAUUUACACUGAUAUGAAAUGUUAUUCUCGUGCAUGAAAUUGUUAUGUGUUAGUGUGUAAUCUGUCAACAGUUUAUGAACUAUAUUGUUCUAGUCUAGAAUGAAGAAUGAUUGAUUACUUAUAAUCCUCUAUAGCCUUAAGAUAAGUUGCCAGGCCGAGCUGUUGUCUGUGUUUUCAGUGUAAAUGUGGUUUAGUGUCUGUUAGAGGAAAAAAAACAACAUAUAGUGAACAAAGUAAUUGAACCCUGAGCUUCCAGAGCUUUCAGUGAUAUUCUGAUGAUGGAGAUUUCCAGUUGGGUUUCUAUGUCUUCAGCAGGAGGAAAUGUCCAUAGCUUGGAUUAUUGGAGAAAUAAAGUAUGUACUAUAACUCUCUGUGUGUAUUGAUUAUUAGCUGUUGAUUGAACAAAUGUCUUCAGGAUCUUCAUGUACACAGACUUUGUAUUCAGUUUAUAUCAUUAAAGUGAAAUACAAUGUCAUUUUCAAACAGUUGAAAUAUUUAAAUGAUUAUUAAUUCAUUAAGAAUGCCAAUUAGGUUUUAUUUAAUGACUUUUAAUUGUUGGCUACAGUGGUGGAAGAAGUAUUCAUUUACUAAAAGCACAUACGUAUUAAAUAUUCAUUAUACAAAAUGAUUAUGGAUGGAUUAUAAUUAAGGAUGAAUUGUAAACAUCAUUAAACAUUAGCUGGUAAAGUUGGAGCUAAUUAACUAACUUUAUAUACUGCUGGGUAGUUUAACCUAUAAUAUAUCAGAAUUUAAUCACUUGAUUUAUAUUUUCUUUUAAUAAUCUGAAUCUGUUCCAGGUAACUAUUCAUCAUCCCUUCAGGUUUGAUAAAAAAUACACAAACUUUCAUUUAAUAUCUGGAUUUCUGCAGUUUAAUUGAAUUUAAUUCAGUAAAAUAAUGUCAGUCAGUUACUGUUUGCUUCAGUUUGAAGUUACAGUGCAGUUUUCCAAUAUUUGUAACUGUUCAUUAAUUCUAAUAAACUGAUCCUAUCAGUGAGUUGAUGUGAGAAAAGACAGUGUUGGAUUCACUGUGCAGCCCUCUCACUCUGUCCUCAGUUAGAAUUCAUGAUGAGUUUUUGUUGUAACGUCACCGUGACUCAGUCAGUGUUUGUACCUGCACUUUAUUCCCACCCUGAUUACAUCCUUUUUAUCCCUCCGCUUCAUUUAUUACGCUGAAGAUGCUCCACUGCACCCUCUGUUGGAUUAUUCUGUGAGAAUAAAAUCAACUGUUUGUA